AUGACAGAAAGAUCUAAAUUUACUGAGAUUUUAGAAGAAAAGUCUAAAGAAUUUAAUGAAUUGUAUCAAAAUCCACGUAAAGAUACAGCUAAAAUGGAUGAUUUUAAAAGAAUACGUACACUUGGAUGUGGUGCAUUCGGUCGAGUAUUACUAGUUCAUCACAUUAAAAAUGAUACUUUCUAUGCAAUGAAAGUAUUAUCAAAAGUUGAAAUUGUUAAAAGUCAUCAAAUUGAUAAUGCUAUCAAUGAGAAACGUAUAUUAAGUGCAUGUAACUUUCCAUUUAUAAUACGUUUAUAUUAUAGUUUUAAAGAUAAUAGUUAUUUAUAUAUGGUUAUGGAAUUUAUUAUUGGUGGUGAAAUGUUUACACUAUUACGUCAUAUGAGAUAUUUCCCAGAUAGUAUGGUAAAAUUUUAUGGUGCACAAGUUGUAUUAGCUUUUGAAUAUUUACAUCAUUUAACUAUUGUAUAUCGUGAUUUGAAACCAGAAAAUUUAUUAAUUAACGGUGACGGUUUCCUUAAAGUAGCUGAUUUAGGUUUUGCUAAAUUAAUACCAAAAAUAAACGAACAUGGACUUUAUGCGGUACACCAGAUUAUAUGGCACCAGAGAUUAUUAUGA